AUGACCUCAGCCGCCACCACCACCACCCCGGUGGAAACCGGCAGCACCCCGGCCGCGAGCACCACGACCCCGGUGGAAACAGGCAUGACCACAGACGCCACCGCCAUGACUCCGGUCGACACCGGCACUACUCCGGCUGCCACCGCCACCACCCCAAUGGAAACCACCACGUCCCCGGCCGCCACCACCAUGGCCCCGGUGGAAACCAGCACGACCACAGCUGCCAGUUCCACCACCCUGGUGGAAACCAGCCCACCCCCUACCUCGACUGCUGUGCCCACGUUGGCAACGACCACAACCCCAGCCACCACCACCUGGACCACAAAACCCAAGCCUUCCACCUCUACAGCUAGGCCUGCACUCGAUUGCCUGAAUGGGGGAACUGACGAUGGCAAGAAAUGCAUCUGCAAAAGUGAAUUCUACGGGCCGCUCUGCCAGUUUGCCAAUGAUGUUAUAGCCACCAACGUGAGUACAGUCAAGGCUGAGGUGAACGUUCAAGUGAAGGUCGUCAACCAGAACUUCACGGAGGAGCUGAACAAUAAAUCCUCUCCAGUUUAUAUGGAAUUCGAGGAGAAAUUCAAAGCGCAGAUGAAUAUAGUGUACAAGACCGUGACUGGGUACCAAGACGUUGUCAUCCUGGAGCUGAGGCUGGGCAGUAUUGUGGUUGACCACAGCGUGAUCAUCGAGGCCCCCCUGAGCAAUGAACUCGACAACACAUUGCAGUCCGUCACCAAGCAGGUGGUGAAGCAGCUGGAGGUCAUCAACACAACUACGGGGGACUGCACAGAAAAGCUCUGCUUCGUGGCUCCACCCAAUCCAGUCCUCAAAAAUGCCACCACAAAUUUUUCGGCUGCAGAUACCUGCAGGCAGAGCGUCCCCCAGAACUUCACCCAGUACUACUACCCCUACAUCACCGAGAAGGGCACCCUGACCUGCCUCACCAGGUGCUCCCAGGACCUGCCAGAUUUCCUGAACUGCAACUAUGGGCAGUGCCAGCUGAAGAUCUCCGGGCCCCAGUGCGCCUGUGCCAACAUGGAUGUGUUCUGGUACCCGGACGAUCGCUGCCAAACCCGUGUCAGUAAGGUGGGCGUGGGCAUGGCUGUUCCCCUGGUCAUCCUGUUCAUUGCCGGCAUUGUCCUCGCCGCCUUCCUGGUCAGAGCCAGGAAUGGGGGGUCCAAAGCCAGCCUGGACAGCUCUGUUGAGCAGCCAGAGGAUUACGAGGAGGAAAUGAGCAUCUCUGGGGGCAUCAUCAUCAAGAACGACGGAGCCUCGUACAAUGGGAGCGGCAGCAGAGGGACCUUCAGCCCUCAUCUCUCGGCCGUGGACCCCGCCAUCCCGAUGCACAUCCGGAGGCCGAAGCUCGUGAGCAGCCCCUGACCCAGUCGCGGCCCCGCCCGGGCGGUGCGAGGGAGCCCCGUUCAGGGCACUGUGAAUAGCCCAGGCCCAGUCCAGCCGCCAGGCCCCAUGGAUCUAGGGCCCCCACCCCUGGGGGAGGGGGCAGAAUCAGUUGGUAGAGCAGCUGCUGGAGAUGGAGAGGGAAGGGGCCUGUACGUGCGUCCUCCCCCCCUCUGGCCCCGGUGUAAAUCUGGCAUAACCCACUGACGCUGGUGUCAUUACCUCCAUGUGAAGGAACAGUUCAUGCGCCUUGCGGGGGACACGUCGGAUGCCGCCCCAUCCCACCCGCUCUGUUUAGUGCAAUAGGAUAUUUGGGCACAGCAGCCAGGCCAUGUCUACAAAGCACUUUAACCCAAACCUGCUCAAAUGGGCCCCCCCUGCAAUAAAUUAUUAACCUUUUUCGUGGUGGUAGUAUUAUUUGUAGCAGUAGCCGCAGCCGUAGCAGAAGCUAAGGCCAUCCUGGGAUACAUAAAUGGGGGAAUGUCAAAUAGGGGCAGAGAGGUGAUUUUUGUGACACUCUGUACCUCAUGGGAACACCCAGCACCCCCUGUUCAUCCUUGUAAAAUGAUUCUGUGGUGUCCAGUGCAAAGUUUGUCAUGUCGGGGGUCUUUGGAAGGCUCGUGAUUCACUGAACAUCGUUGUUAUAGUAAUGUUAUAGGUUAUAAUUUCAUAUAUAUAGUUCUAAGGGUGAAAACGU